AUGGAACCAAAAUAUUUACAUGAGUUCAAUAUGAAAAAAUAUUUUCAUGACGCCUCGGGAAAUUAUCAUGGCACUGAACUUGACGAGAAAGAAAACUGUGCUGCAAAAGAUUUUCAGCUUUUAUUGGGCAAAUGUCAAAGGAAGAUAAAAGAUUCUCGGCGGCAUAAUACGUCAGUACCCAAAAAUAAUUCAAAUUGA